AUGGCUAGUUUCACGGCACAGGCGGCUCUCAGGGCGAAAUGGAGCUCACUCGUCGAAGAACACAGCAUCGAAGUGCCCCCGGAAGUUACCAGUAAGGUUACCAGCGUUGUCGGAUGGUUGAAACAGGUCGAUGAAGGUGAAUGUUCCGAAUUGGGUCUGGCUGUCCAAAAUCACUUCUCAGCGAUAAAUAUUCGAUUGGGCAAGACGAAAAAACAUUCCAAACAUAGGCAGUCUCUUGUAACGCUUUCUAGAAGGCACAGCUUGGUGAAGAUGCUGGACAGUAGCGACCUGGACGGGCCUCCUCCUUUGCGAAGGGCGAGCACAAUAGAUACGACUUCGAACCAGUUGACGCACCAUACUUCCAAGCUCACCCGCAGAGCCUCGUUGGACGAUCUUGAACAGGAGUCGUGCCAGCUCACACCCAAAAUAGACCAUCGGAUAAUAGUUAUAACUAACGAAGAGAAAAGACACGAGCUGCUACUCCAGCGCCAGAGAAUAGAGCAGGAUUCGAUCAUCGAGGAGGUGGACGAGUGUUCACCACAAAACUGAGUGGCGUUUCGAAGCGAAUUGAAUCCUGAACUUUCUACGAUUCUAUUCCACUGUCGCUUUGUCGUUUGUGUUCGAAGUAGCUAGUAGGCGCCUUCAACUAUUUUUGUAACAAGAACAAAACUGGCCUUCUGAUGAACACCAUUCUUCUGAAAUCGAUAUGUCCGGGCGAUUUUGGCUUUUAACAUCCCAGGGUCAUGACCAAAUAACAGCGAAUCUUGGUUCGGAAAGUUGUAUCAAAUUCUGCCACACAAAAAAAAAAAGAAUUUGAAGUUCAACAUUUGUAUCUAAUCUUGAUAUCACUUUGCUUGAAAAUCUACAAGAAAUAACCUUUGAAAUUAAAUCAAAUUCAACGCCAAUAAAGUUUAAGUAAGUUAUUAAACUGUUUUCAAUUGACAAUAAUUUGUAUUCAUUGAAUGAACAUUUCUCCUGAACUGAAUACUUUUCUUGAUGUGCAUUUCGCCAAGUUGGUAGAUGAAACGUGCAUCUAAAAUAGUAUUUCAGUUCUGGUGAUUGCUAAAAGUGCUUACUUUGGUUUUAAUUUUAUAUUAAUUCAUGAUUAGAUAAUAUUGUUACUGUUUCUAUUUGUACUCUGUGCUUCCUGGAAAUGAAGAUUAUUAUUGUUACAGAUCUGGUCUCUUGAUUUUUUCGUUUGAUAUAGUUUUCAUUAAAAAAAAAUUAAAUUGAUUCAUUUAAGAGAAUAAUUUUUGAAAGGUAAAAUUAUUAAAUUAUUCUUCAACAUUUUGGAAUGAUAAAAUUAACCUGAACAUACAAAUAAUACAUUAAAUCAUAUGUUGGAAAAUGUUGACCUUUUUAGAGUUAUUUUGAAUUGUUGAUUGGGAUAAUCGCCAUUUUGUAGUCCACCCUUUAAAAUAAAACUCGACAAUAGGAUGAAGUCGUAAUGAAUUAUAAAUGCUACAAUUUCUAUGUAAUUUGUUACGGAAUGAUCAAGAAUUGGUCACGACCCAGGCAAUGUACAGAGUGAUUUUAAAUAUGUUCCAAUCAUCUGUUAUGAUUGUAUUUAUUAAUCGCCUGUAUGAUGGAAGCGCAAAAAAGGACCACCUCUUUUCUUAGACUAAAUAGUUACCUAUUAGUUGAAUAGAGUUAGUAUUGAAUAGAUCAAAUUUUGAAUGUUGCUGGAGAUGCCUUCUCAAAGAUUUGCCACAAUUAUCUGCAAAGACUGCGGUAAUCAAAUCACAAGAUCGUAUUUGAUGAAGAUUGUAGAAAAAAAUUAAUUUCACAAACUGGGAAGAAAGAUUCAUUUAGAAUGUAAUCGGAUGAACAUUUACCGUUUUUAUUGAGAGAAAUGGUGGCAAUCUGUUCACAGGCUAAUCAAGCUGAAAUCAGCUUUCUGUGUGACUUUCUUUCACAGCCAGUGAAUUCAAGUCAGGCUUCAGACAUUGAUUUCAAAUCUCAUGUAAUUUUGCAUAAUCCAACAGUUUGAUUGGCCUCUUAUAUAGUUCGUUCUUCCAAUUAAUGUAUAAUUGUAAUAGAGAAAUAUCACACCAAACUUGUUUCGUGCACCAAAUAUAUUAAUAUGAAUUAAAAUGAAGCUUAUCGCAGAAUUGCUUGAAUGUUGUGAAACUUUGGGUACGAUUUUGCGUUAAUAUUUUCAAGAGUAACAAUUUUAGUCGUCUCAAGCUACGGGCUAAGCCAUGUUGGUGUACAUAUUUAUAGCUUUAUUAAAUUUGUUUUUGGAUUAUAGUUUUGCUGUGAUAUCUUACAACGUAUCGUUGUUUUUUUGUUAUUAAUAUUGUUGAUAGAAAAUGCAGUGAUUUAUAUAGUUCAACAAAACUGAAUACCUCAAAACAUUUCUUGAAUUAUUUUCAACUUAAGCAGUUUUGUCAUUUGUUGUGGAACUGAAAAAAAAGAAUUUUGUGAAACUGGUUCAAGUUAAAAAACUAAGAGUGCACUCCUUAAGUGGGUCACUUCUUGAACUAACGAAACUCGGCAUGAAAUUCUCUGCAAGAUAAUUCUAUAUCAAAUUGAUGUUAUUCUGGGUAGUAUUCAAGAAAAAUCUCAUUAUCAAAGAAACAUUUCUUGAUAUUUAGAACUCUACUGUAUAGAAUUCAGAACUGGUGGAAAGGCCAUUUAAUUUCCUCUCAUAAGUCAAUAAAAAAACUACUGGUUUAUUAAAAAUUUGAUUCUUUAGCAGAGGAUUUCAUCAAAGUUUUCUAUAGAAUUUUCCAUUUCUGAAACUCAUGAAUGGAACAUGUAUGCCUGUAAAUUCUCGUCUUAAUUCGUUAGUUUUAAUUGUGGCCAUACUGCCCUGCAAAUCAAGCUCAUAUCAACAUUUUCAUAUGGAGCAAAGCUUGUUUCUAUGAAAACAUUCAUCAUUCAAAGUAACAGUUGAGGAGACAUAUUCAAUACAUGCAAACAUCUCCAACAAUCAUCGUCAUACAACUUUUUGAUACGAAGUUGCAAAACAUGUUCAAAAUGAUUUUUCACAAAAUGUAGAUAUUUAUGACCUUUUUGAUUAACAGGGCAGUAUAGAUCUAGUCAUUGUUUUGAAGUUGAAUAAAAGUCUUUUAAGAUUA